AUGGUAUGUCUCGGUCGUAUCCUUGGCCUGCUCCCCUCAAAUAUCCAAAGUUUUUUAAUUUCUGAAUUUUUGGUAUCCUUGAACAAAAUGGUACAGAUGGAACGCAGACUCGUACCUGCGCCGUGCAGGCUGGUCAACACAAAAAAUAACUGCUUCUUUAACUCUGUGAUGCAGUGCACGAUGUACACGUAUCCCGUGGUCACCUACUUCGAAUCGGGUUUGUUCACAAAGGAGCAGAAAAUAUGCAAAAAGUUCCAGGGAUUCAUAACAAAAUACAUUGACAGCAAAAUUAUGGAUCCGCAGUUUUUUAUAGACGGUUUGGCAACAGAAAUACGCAUUUUGGACGGGAAUGAGCAGGAUGCGCAGGAGUUUCUGCUGUUGUUUUACAGCAAGCUGACGGAGGAGCUCGGAUUGCUCGACAACAUGUCUAUUGUGAAUGUCCAUCAGUUGCGGAAGAUUGGCAGGACGAAUAUCAUGGUCAAAACGUUUUUUGGGCUGGUGUUAAACCGGCUACGAUGCAUGGGCUGCUUUGCAGUGACGGAGCACACGCAUCAGUUCAGGAAUUUGACUCUGGACGUGACCGAGAGCAUGCAGGAGUCUGUCGACAAAUAUUUCAAGGAAGAGGUGUACAACUCUGAGGUUGAGUGCGAAAGCUGCAAGAAACGGGCGAAGGUGUGCGUUACGAGGCAGAUUACGGCUUAUCCAGAGGUGCUCAUACUGCAGCUAUCCAGGUUUAUUGAUGUUGAUCGCAAAAAUGACAGUUAUGUUGUUGUCAGCGAGAAGAUGCAGAUAGACAAGAAGACGUACCAUCUAACCGGCAUGGUAUGCCAUUCCGGUACGUUGAGGAACGGGCAUUAUGUUGCAUAUGCCAAGGUAAAUUCGUUAUGGCACAGCUUUGAUGAUAUGAACGUAACUGAAUUAAACGAAUCUCAUAUCAGCAGCACAGGCGCAUAUAUCCUGUUUUAUUCUCGAAUUUAAAAUAAAUCACUUGGAUCUUGCUC